AUGGCGCAGACCCUGGCAGAGCUGGAGGUUCCCCUGGACGCGAGCCGGGCUGGGGAGCCGGAGAACGGGUCCCUGAGGCGCUGCAGGGGCCGGCCGAGGCUCACGGACUCCGACCGGGCUCAGAGGCGGCUUGAAUCCCGAAAGAAGUACGAUGUGAGGCGGGUUUACCUGGGAGAGUCGCACAAGCUGUGGAGCGAGCUCCGGAGGCGGACCAGCCUGAGUGAUGCCGGACUGGCUGAGUACCUGAUCCUGCUCAACUCCACCUACGGAGACCGGUACCAGCAGGAGUACUGCGGGAAGAAGAGCACUCCAGAAGUCUCAGCAAAGCAGAAAAAAGGCAGGAAGCAGCUGGUGUCCAGCCUGCAGAGCCUGGUGGUCUGGUACCAGGACCACCAGGACUCCUGUCCCCUGGAGCCUCAGCUCCGAGCGCUGCAGCCUCGGCCCGGCUGCUCCACCGCUGCCAUCUGGCAGUGUGACUCCCACCACUCCUUCGUGCAGUACCUGUUCUCCCCACCGAGGGAGGCCAGCGAGUCGGAGCAGGAGGAGGAGGAGGAGGAGGAGGCUGAGGAUGAAGAGGAGUGUGAAGCUAAAGCAGACGGCCCGGUGGCUAAAGGUCUAGUGAGCAGGAGGAGAAGAAGAGAGGCUCAGAAACAGGUUAAAGAUGUGGGAGAAGAUGGUGAUGUGUGUGAGGGAGAACAGAGGCCCAUGAGCCCAGUAGAAGCGUGUUCGGGUCUAGACCAGCAGACCGGUGUGGAGUCCUCCAGGGAGGCUCCUCUGGCCCGGCAGCCGGUCUGGGAGAUGGAGAUGGUGAUGGAGCGGCAGCACGGCUCCCCCGCAGAAGCGUUUGACUCCAUUCCCUCUGAGGACGAGGCGGAGGACCUGAGGCGAGGCGGGGACGCACCGCACGGCUACCAGUGUGUCACCGUCACCGCGUCUCUGGACGGUAAACUGGAGAAGACGGACGAGGACUCGGCGCUGGCGCAGAGCCUGAGCGACUCGCUGGGACCGGGGUCGCAGCCGGAGCUGCCGGGACCGCCGGGACCGCCGCCACCGGAGCACGGCGAGCUGUUUGACCCUCACGCUCUGCAGACGGUGGUCGCCAGCUGUGAGAUUCCUGACCAGAGGACGGCUCUGGAGGGCUCUCAGCUGAUCAUCAUCACUGGUCCCAGCUACGAGGCUCUGGCUUCAGAGGGCAUCCAGCUCAACGUGGGCGGAGCCAACGUAGAGGAGGUCACCUGCACCGUCAUCGGCGGCGUCACCUACAACCAGGUCUGCACGCCGGACUCUAAGCUCAGAGCAGCCGAGGACGAAGACUCCAUGACAGGUUUGAGUGAGAAGCAGCUGCUGCAGCCUGAUGUUGAAGCUUUAGAGCUGAGCAGUGACAGAGAGAUGCACCGGGGUCUCACCAGUGUCCGGUCCAAGAGGAACCGGAGGGGUCCGGUCAUCGAGGCCGACGGGAUGCUGAAGAUGUUCCACUGUCCAUACGAGGGCUGCAGCCAGGUCUACGUAGCCAUUAGCAGCUUCCAGAACCACGUUAAUCUCGUCCACAGGAAAGGAAGAACUAAGGUUUGUCCUCAUCCAGGCUGUGGGAAGAAGUUCUACCUGUCCAACCACCUGCACCGCCACAUGAUCAUCCACUCAGGGGUCAGAGAUUUUAUCUGUGAAACGUGUGGAAAGUCCUUUAAACGCAAGAAUCACCUGGAGGUCCACAGACGGACCCACACAGGAGAAACUCCGCUGCAGUGUGAGAUCUGUGGCUACCAGUGCCGUCAGAGAGCGUCCCUCAACUGGCACAUGAAGAAACACACUCCAGAGACCCACUACAACUUCCCCUGUGAGUUCUGUGAGAAGAGGUUCGAGAAGCUGGACAGCGUCAAGUUCCACAAGCUGAAGAGCCACCCGGACAAACAGGCAACCUGAAUGGUUGGGCAACCUGGUGACUGGAGAUAAAACACACUGGUUGGUCCUCAGAAAACAAGAAGAACUCCUGGUGGAGAGACAGAGUCUCUCUGCUGUGACCUUUGGCCUCUCGGUCCAGGAGACAUGAAGCUGAACACAAACAGGUUUAGGAUGCAGGAGAGGACCAGACUACAGCCGUGCAGGACACGGGCUGGUCCAGAGAGCUGGCCCAGAUAUGUGAUCAAUAAAAAGAUUAUUAAUGAUA